AUGCAGCGUCAAAAAUCGAUACUCUCAUUCUUCCAGAAACCCUCGCCGCCCAAUCAGAGCUCCGGUGCCGGAGAAAAGAACGACUGUCGGCGAACUCCUCUGUUCUCGGCGAAGCAGCAAAACCAAAUCUUAGAUCAACCUGCGAUUCAUGGACCGGUGGACUCGUCUCUGGAGGUUAGAGGAACUGAUACGCCACCAGAAAAGGCGCCACGUCAGAUUUUACCGGCGAACUUUAACGAGAGCGAGGAGGCCAAAGUUCCUUCGGUUUUCUCGAGCAUUAUGCAUAAGUUCGUUAAGGUCGAUGAUAGAGAAAAACCUAAUGAGAGGAACCAGGUUCGUUCUGCUAAUGUUUGCACCAUACCUGGUACAUUUACCAACCCAAAAGAAUUGCCUAAGCAAGGAAUGGAUACACUAUACUCUGAGAAAGACAAUGGUUUUAGUUCCAAUGGCAUGGCUGUUCAAACAAGUGUAUUAAAUGAUGAAAGCGAGGAUGAUAUUCCUGGGCCUAAUACGCCAGGCAUGCGACCUCUAGUUCCUCGUUUGAAGAGGAUUCUAGAGGAUGGUCCUAAGUUUGAGAAUAAGAAUGGCUGUUUCUUGCCCAACUCUAGCAAAAGAAUGAAAGUUCUACAGGACUCAGCUUCCUUGAACAAAAAUCAUGAGGAAAUAUCUAAUUCAACUAGCAAGUUUGAAUGGCUUGACCCUGCCCGAAUUAGGGAUGCUAAUGGUAGAAGGCCCAGUGAUCCUCUGUAUGACAAAAAGACGCUUUACUUACCACCUGAUGCGUUGAAGAAAAUGUCUGCUUCUCAAAAGCAAUACUGGACUGUCAAAUCUCAGUACAUGGAUGUUCUACUUUUCUUUAAAGUGGGAAAAUUUUAUGAGCUCUAUGAACUGGAUGCUGAAAUUGGUCACAAAGAGCUUGAUUGGAAAAUGACAUUAAGUGGUGUGGGGAAAUGUCGGCAGGUUGGUAUAUCUGAAAGUGGGAUUGAUGAUGCUGUUGAAAAGCUAGUUGCUCGGGGAACGUUUACAAUUCACUUAUUGCUUUUGCGUUCUUUGGCAAGAUUUAAAGUCGGAAGAGUGGAGCAAUUGGAAACAUCGGAUCAAGCAAAAUCUAGGGGUGCAAAUUCUGUAAUCCAAAGAAAAUUAGUACAAGUUGUCACCCCAUCAACCACAACUGAUGGUAAUAUGGGCCCUGAUGCUGUUCAUCUUCUUGCCAUAAAAGAGGGAAACGUUGGAGUGGAUAAUGGUGCAACUGCUUAUGGGUUUGCUUUUGUUGAUUGCGCUGCUCUGCGAGUUUGGGUUGGAUCCAUCAAUGAUGAUGCAUCCCAGGCUGCUUUGGGGGCACUAUUGAUGCAAGUUUCACCUAAGGAAGUUAUAUACGAACAUAGAGGGCUUUCCAGAGCAGCUCAGAAAGCACUUAGGAAGUACUCAUCAACUGGUUCUACAACCCUGCAAUUGUCACCAGUGCUGCCUGCCACUGAUUUUGUGGAUGCUUCUGAAGUCAGAAAUUUGAUUCAAUCAAAGGAUUACUUUAAACGGUCUUCAAAUCCAUGGAACUGUGCACUUGACAGUAUAAUGCACCAUGAUAUAGCUCUAUGUGCUCUUGGCGGGCUUAUUGGUCAUCUAUCCAGGUUGAUGUUUGAUGAUGUUUUAAGGAAUGCUGAUAUUUUACCCUACCAAGUUUAUAGGGGUUACCUUAGAAUGGAUGGGCAGACUCUGGUAAAUCUGGAGAUUUUUAGUAACAGUGCUGAUGGUGGUACUUUGUUUAACUAUCUUGAUAAUUGUGUGACAUCAUCUGGUAAGCGGCUUUUGAGGAAUUGGAUCUGCCAUCCACUGAAACAUGUUGAAGGCAUUAAUAAUAGACUUGAUGUUGUUGAACAUCUAAUGGCUCGUUCAGAAAUUAUGUUAGUCAUUGCUCAAUAUCUUCGCAAGCUUCCAGAUUUGGAAAGAAUGCUUGGACGAGUUAAGGUUAGCUUUCAGGCCUCAGCUUCCCUUGCACUGCCCUUGAUUGGCAAAAAAAUGUUGAAACAACGAGUGAAAGUGUUCGCGUCUCUGGUGAAAGGGCUUCGGAAUGGAGUGGAUUUAUUAUUGCUAUUACUGAACGAAGGGCAACUAAUUUCAUCAUUGUCAAAAAUUUUUAAACUUCCAGAGUUUCAUGGUAGUAAUGGGAUUGAAAAAUUCCUUGGGCAAUUUGAAGCAGCUAUAGAUAGCGAAUUCCCAAACUACCAGAAACAUGAUGUGACAGAUUCAGAGGCUGAAACGCUUUCUGUGCUGAUUGAGUUAUUUAUUGAGAAAGCUACAGAGUGGUGCGAAGUCAUUCAUGCCAUCAAUUGUAUUGAUGUGCUUAGAUCUUUUGCAUUCACAGCAAGCAUGUCUUGUGGAGCUAUGUGUAGACCUGUUAUUUUGCCUGAGUCAAAAGCCAUUUCUUUCAGUGAGGGGAAAGGAGGGCCUGCACUUAAGAUUAAAGGGCUAUGGCACCCAUUUGCGCUCAGAGAGAAUGGAUUGCCUGUCCCAAAUGAUUUGUUCCUUGGUGAGGAUUCAGAUAGCCAAUGUCCCCGCACUUUGUUGCUGACUGGACCAAAUAUGGGUGGAAAAUCAACACUUCUGCGUGCUACAUGUCUAGCUGUUAUACUGGCACAGCUCGGUUGUUUCGUUCCCAGUGAGAAGUGUGUUCUCACACUUGCCGAUAUCAUUUUCACACGGCUUGGUGCCACUGAUCGAAUAAUGACAGGCGAGAGUACAUUCUUCAUCGAGUGCACAGAAACAGCUUCGGUGCUUCAAAAUGCCACUCAAGAUUCCCUUGUUCUUCUAGAUGAACUGGGUCGAGGAACAAGCACUUUUGAUGGAUACGCCAUUGCAUAUGCUGUAUUCCGCCAUCUUGUUGAGAAGAUAAACUGUCGAUUACUUUUUGCAACACACUACCACCCGCUCACAAAAGAAUUUGCUUCUCACCCACAUGUUUCAUUGCAAUACAUGGCUUGUGCCUUCAGGUCAAAACCUGAAGGGCAUUCUAAAAGUGACCAGGACCUGGUCUUCUUGUAUCGGCUUGUAUCUGGAGCUUGCCCAGCGAGCUAUGGAUUGCAAGUGGCAAGUAUGGCUGGCAUUCCAGAGCAAAUUGUUGAAGCUGCUUCACAUGCUGGUCAACUGAUGAAAAAAUCAAUUGGAGAAAGUUUCAAGUCAAGUGAGCGGAGGUCCGAGUUCUCAACUCUCCAUGAAGAGUGGUUGAAGACCCUGGUAAAUGUCUCAAAAAUCCGAGAAUGUAAUGCUGACGAUGAUGACAUUUAUGACACAUUGUUUUGCUUGUGGCAUGAAUUGAAGAGCUCGUAUGAAAACUUGUUGCUGAAAAAGUUGAUAGAAUCUGCAUAA